AUGAGAAUCAAGGGAACCUUGGGAUAUGCAAUCUUGGCAACUGCAGUUGCCUCUACAAUGGCGAAUGAAAUCAAUGUUAUUAAUGAAAGAAACUUACUUCAAGAACGUGGAUUUUUGGGUGAUAUUUUCAAUGAUGUAGGUUCAUUCUUUAAAGGCGGAAGUGCCACAUCCUCCAGCAGUGGUGUUACAACUCAACCCACAUCUCCUGCCAGUACUGUAACAAAUAAACUGGCCACCAAUGCUACCGUUCCUGUUUCUGUAGCAAAUGAUAGUCAAAAUGAUGAUGAAUAUGAAUGGAGCUGUACUACUAUCUACCCAAGUGGAACUUCUACUUCAAUUGAUCCUUUGACUGAUGUUGAGCCUACAGAUCCUUCACCAACCACAACUGUAUCUUCUACAGACCCAGAAGAAUCAUCAAUAGACCCAGCAGAUUCAUCUACUGAACAAGAAUCAACACCAAUAGUAUCUGCUGAUCCAGUAGACACCGAUGAAUUAUCAUCCACUAACACCGACCCUACUACUACAGCCAAAACUACAGGGACAACAAAUACUCCAGCUACUCAAUCAGUAGAUCCACCAGCAAGUUCUGAUCCACCACAAAGUAGCGAUGAUUGGGAAUUAGAAUGCUCAACCAUUUAUCCAAGCGACACUAGUAGUCAACCACCUGUUAUCCAAUCUGCCGAUCCGGUUUCAUCAGAUCCAGCUGUGUCGGUAGAUCCAUCUGUUUCAGUAGAUCCACCUGUUUCAUCAGAACCACCAGCUUCUUCAGAUCCAAUUGACCCAACUGUCACAACCGAUCCAACUAUUUCAAUCGACCCACCAGCAAGUUCUGAUCCUCCUCAAAGUAGUGAUGAUGAUUGGGAAUUAGACUGCUCAACUAUUUAUCCUACUGACACUGGCAGUCAACCUCCAGUUCUUCCUACCGAUCCUCCACAAUCGAGUGUUGACCCACCUGCCUCAGUAGAUCCCCCUGUAACAGUAAACCCAACCUCGGUAGAUCCACCUGCUUCAGUUGAAUCGCCAACUAGUACUGAUUCUGCGCAAACUAGUGACGAUGACUGGGAAUAUGAAUGUGAAACUAUUUAUCCUACUGACACUGCCAGUCAACCACCUGUUCUCCCAACCGAUCCUCCACAAACGAAUACCAUCAAUACCACUCCAAUUGUGACAGAAUCGGUAGAUCCACCUGUUGCAACUAAUCCUCCACAAACCAGCGAUGAUGACGAAUGGGUAGAAGAAUGUGAGACUAUUGUUCCUACCGUUAAUACUUCUCCAGCUCCUGUGCUUCCAACUGCACAAAAUACGAACGUUAUUGUUAACCCACCUGCAUCUACUAAUCCUCCAGCAGAGGACGAUGAUGAUGAUGAAUGGGUAGAAGAAUGUGAGACUAUUGGUGAGAAUGGAACCACUACAGUUGUUCUUCCAACUACCCCUGCACAAAACGGUGAUGACGAAUGGGAAGAAGAAUGUACAACUCUUGCUACAACGAAUACUGUUGCAACUGGUGGUGCCGGUGAUGAUGAUGACUGGGAAGAAAUUGAAGAAUGUGUAACUUCAACACCUACAUUAGCUCCAAGUGGCAGUAAUGAUGAAUGGGAAGAAGUGGAAGAAUGUACAACUGCUUCUGGUGCUGACGAUGAAUGGGAAGAAAUUGAAGAAUGUACAACCCCAAUACCCACCACUACCGUCAAACCUACCAAUGUAGCCACAACCAGUGUAGCACCAGUACAAACUACAGCUGCUUCUACUAUUGCAACGUAUCAAGGUAAUGGACAAAUCAACAAGGCUAAUGGUAUUAUGUCAUUGUUGAUUGAUAAGCAAACUUUAACAACAUUUCAAAAUCAAUUAAAACAAUUCAAAGCCCAAUUAAACAAUUCUCAAUAUGAUAAUGGAUAUGGAAACCUUACUGGAUUUAAAUUAUCGUAUGAGGAUCAAUUACUGGGGAAAUCAGAUUCCGACUGGCCCAUUCAUAGAUUUGAUAAAGAUCAUCCCUGGAUAGAAAAUGAAAAGUAUUCAAUCUUACCCAAUAUCGUAAGUGAGAAUGUCAAGAAAUUCUGGGGGAAUGACCCCGUGGAGACUGUUGAUGGAGAUGCAGCAGCGGCUUAUUUGUUAAAUAUAUCAGGAACAGCUCGUGGGGAAUUUAGAACCGUGAAACAAACAAAUAUCAAACCGCAACAAUUAGAAAUACCCAAAUAUUUAAAGGAUUAUUUCAAUUCAUUAAGGAAUAAUUUACCAGAUAAUGAGAAUAGUGAUAGUCCAAUCAGUGGGAUUCCAGCUGAAAAACAAGGAAAUAUAACAAAAGCUAAUGGAUUGAUUUCAUUGGCGUUAUAUCCUUCCGAUUAUAAUUAUAAGAAUCCCCGUGUUUCAAAAUUCAUAUAUAAUGAAAGCACAGAUAAGAUAGAUAAUGCAGUUAGCUUACAUAUGUACUUGAAAUUAUCAGAUUAUCCUGAAAAAGAAACUCAUAAUCUUAAUUUACGUGGGGUUUAUUUUCAGGAAACAGGAAGUAUAAUCGGAGUUACCAAUAGUGCAAAAUUCAGUGGGAAUUAUGCAUUGAAUCAUCUAGCUAUGAAUAAGGAUAAUUUUAAGAUUUCGAAAACCUUAUACAGUCAAUUGAUGAAUCUAACCAAUAUAGACAAAGAAGUCGUACUUGAUGAUGUCAAUGGACAAAUCAUAAAAGCAAAUGAACAAUGCGAAUAUGUGACUUAUUUCCAACUUGCCAAAACAAAUUAUUCCAAACAAGAUUUAAGAAUGAUAGAUGAUGAAUUGAGACUGCCCACUGGAAGACCUAUACCCAAUGACAUCCCCAAAAUUGAAAUCAAAGAUUUUUUGGCUUAUUCACCUGAUUGUGGGAUCGUAUUGACCAAUAGACCAGAUACUUCAUUCCAAGGAUUAAGAAAAGAAGUGUCGACAGCAAAAGAGAGGAAGUUUAUAUUUGGGAUUGCAUUAUUAUUAGCAGUUGAAUUAUUAUUAUAUAUACGCCAGAUGAAAGCAAGUAGAACUCCUGGUCAAUUGACUAUUAUCUCCGGUGUGACUUUAUUCUGGUUAAUGUGGGGAGAUAUGACACUUGGAUUCUGUUCAUUAUUUUUCGCCAAUAUGUUUUUGGUGGUCUGUUGUGUAUUGGGAUUAAUCUUUUGUGUCAUAUUGUUACAAAUGAGGUUUAUGUUCUUUGUAAUGAAUGCACAAGUGAAUGAAAGAGGUACUACUUGGUGGGAAAUUUUACGUGGUGGAUUAGCAUCAAGAGAUACUACAGAUUCGACUAGUGAAACAACCACGACUACAACUACCAAUACGAAUACUGAUACAGGCCCUAUUAUACCCAUGACAAAUGCCCCACCAGCAGCAGCAGCAGCACAGCCUGCUGCCACACCCACAACUAAUGAAUGGCAAAAUGAUGGAUCUGUAUCCAAUGGAUCAAUGGUAGUUUGUAUGUCAUUCUCCAUAUUGUCAAUGUUUUUCAUAUUUAAUGCAUUCACAUGGGGCAAAACACAAAGAGCUAUUGCGGAAUAUAUAGGUUUAUUUGCUAUAAAUUCCUAUUGGAUCCCACAAUUCUUACGCAAUACAUUAAAGAAUAGAAGAGAGUCAUACAAAUGGGAAUUCAUUCUUGGAAUUAGUUUAAUCCGUCUAAGUCCUGUGAUAUAUGUUUGUACAUUUACAACCAAUCCAUUCAGACAUAGAUUUGAUCCCCAUUUGGCCAUUUUCAUAACUUCCUGGGUCAUGUUCCAAAUAAUCUUAUUGAUUUUACAACAGAGAAUUGGACCUAGGUUUUGGGUGAAUGAAAAUUGGUUACCUAAAGCAUAUGACUAUCAACAAAUCAUCAGUCUUGCGGAUUUAGAAUCAGGGUUUUCAAGUGAUUUAUUAACCAAUAUCAAACAUAGAUCAGAUCAAGAACAAGAUAUUAUGGAUUGUGAAUGUACUUGUCCAAUAUGUAAGGAUGAAGUUAUGUUGCCGAUUUUGGUGAAGAGUGAUAAUGCUGAUGCAAGACGAAAGAUUAAGAAUCGGGAAUAUAUGAUUACCCCAUGUCACCAUAUUUUCCAUGCCGAAUGUUUGGAGAAUUGGAUGAAGUAUAAAUUACAAUGUCCGAUUAAUAAGCAAACAAUUACAGAAGAUUUACUCGAUGAAAUUGUUACCGAAAAUACCAAGAAUCUCAUGAAUGAAGAAAUCGAAUGA